CGUAAGGAGCUGGAAGUGGUGGGGGAACAGACACAGGGUCGGAAGGGAGAAGGGAAGGGUGCCGGGCAGGGGUUAAUGAGGGCAGUAACAAGAGGAAAGGAGACGAGAACAAGAACCAAGGAGGAAAAGCAACAGACCCCCCCCCGGCACUGGAGAACCCACAUUUACCAUCAACAGGAGGAAAAGAGACAGCAUCUGGAAGAAAGAGACCUAUUACCUUGUAAUGUGAAGUGUUUUAGGUUUCCACCGUAGACCUUUUUCAUCUUCACCAUGGAUGAGAGGGAGAACCAAGCAGUACCGCUGACCUCAUCAAGCCCAAGCGAUGGCUCAAACAAGUCCCCAACUGGGGAGGGUCGCAAAGGACCUCAAGAGACUAUGCAACUCAAGAAGGAGAUCUCCCUACUCAAUGGAGUCAGCCUCAUUGUGGGCAACAUGAUAGGCUCAGGGAUUUUUGUGUCUCCUAAGGGUGUCCUCAUUUACUCGGCCUCAUACGGGCUGUCUCUGGUGCUGUGGGCAGUUGGGGGCAUCUUCUCAGUGAUUGGGGCUCUGUGCUAUGCAGAGCUUGGUACUACCAUCACAAAAUCAGGAGCUAGUUAUGCCUAUAUCUUAGAAUCCUUCGGAGGUUUUGUUGCCUUUAUAAGACUGUGGACUUCUCUACUUAUCAUCGAACCUACAAGUCAAGCUGUCAUUGCUAUCACCUUUGCCAACUACUUGGUCCAACCUGUCUUCCCAUCUUGUGAACCACCGUAUGUGGCAUCCAGACUCAUUGCUGCUGCCUGCGUCUGUCUUCUCACGUUUAUUAACUGUGCAUACGUGAAAUGGGGAACACGGGUCCAAGAUCUCUUCACCUAUGCCAAAGUCAUUGCCCUAAUUGCCAUUAUCAUAACGGGCAUCGUAAAACUGUGUCAAGGACACACACAGCACUUUGAAGAUGCAUUUGCAGGGUCGUCGUGGGAUGCUGGAGACAUCUCUCUCGCUUUGUACUCUGCUCUCUUUUCUUAUUCUGGGUGGGACACCCUCAACUUUGUUACUGAAGAAAUUAAGAACCCAGAAAGGAACUUACCCUUGUCCAUUGGGAUUUCCAUGCCAGUUGUCACCAUCAUAUACAUCUUGACCAAUGUGGCUUAUUAUACGGUUCUUGACUUCAACUCUGUUGUUAGCAGCGAUGCAGUAGCCGUGACGUUCGCUGACAUGGUGUAUGGAGUAUUUAGCUGGACCAUCCCAGUGGCUGUGGCUUUGUCCUGCUUUGGUGGCCUUAAUUCUUCCAUCCUCGCUGCCUCCAGAUUGUUCUUUGUUGGAUCAAGAGAAGGACAUCUGCCUGACAUGCUGUCUCUAAUCCACAUGGAGAGGUUCACACCGGUGCCUGCACUCUUGUUUAAUUGUGCUGCGACUCUGGUCUACCUGUCCGUAAAAGACGUCUUUCAGUUGAUAAAUUAUUACAGCUUCAGUUACUGGUUGUUUGUGGGUCUCUCUAUUGCUGGUCAGAUUUACCUGCGCUGGAAGGAGCCAGAUAGGCCAAGGCCCGUAAAGCUCAGCUUGUUUUACCCCAUCGUGUUCUGCCUGUGCACGGUUUUCUUGGUGAUUGUCCCUUUAUACAGUGAUACUGUGAACUCUCUCAUCGGUAUUGGGAUUGCGUUGUCUGGGGUACCAGUCUACUUUAUGGGAGUAUAUCUACCUGAAUCCAAAAGGCCGCCUUGCAUUGGAAAACUCUUAGCUUUUCUCACCAAAUGGACUCAGUUGAUCUUCAACUGCGUUUUGACCGAGAUGGACCCCAUAGAGGAUGAAAAACAAGAAGUAAAAUCUAACCACAUUGUGACUCCUCCACACGGAAGAAGAAAAUAAGUGUCUCCUGGAUAAGGUUCGUUCUCCGGAGGUGCACCCAGAAGAAGCCUGGUCUUGACGAAAGACAUGACUGGAUUUCAAAGGUUUGUGGAGUUACAUAUGGUCAGCUGGUGGACCAGCGACUGGGCAGUGUACCACUGUAGCCAAGGGCGAUGAUCCAGAUUCCGAUCUCAAAAGUCAUAAACAGCAUUGGACAUUUGAGGCUAUUUACACUCCUUUUUGUAUGUUAGUUUAUUUUAAAUAUUUUUUUACUUUAGAAAUUUUUAUCCAAUACUUCCUCCACAAAUUCAAGUUGUAUCUCCCAGGAGGAUAAAAGACCAAUUCUGACUCUGAUGACAGUUUUUUCCUUUUUGUUUCUCCUCAUAUGAAGAUGGAAUUUAGGAGAUAAGAACUGUACAAAAUUCCAACUGAUGUUAUGGUGCAGUUAGUAUUUUGGAGACAAAUUGUAGUAAACUUGAAACAAAUGUGAAUAUUGCUAGUUUUAAUAUAUUUUAGUCCUUCAUCCCAGGAUAUAUAGCAUACCUUAUAUACUGUAAACCUUAGUGUUUUAACCUCUUCUGAAAACUAUUCCUUGUUCUAAAUUCAAUUACGGACCUGUAAGAGUAUUCAGACACAAACCAUGAAGCAGUCUUUUACUACAAUUCUCAUUACUCUCCGCAAGGUUUAUCCAACUUGCUACGGUUAGGCUGAGCAAAAGACAGAAGUCCACCAGAUUCAACGUUUCCAAAUAAUUAGGGUGGACGUUAACAAUCCAAAAACUUGUAGGUCUUCGCAGGCUGCAGGAUAGAUAUCACACCCCUUUCGCCCUUUGGUGGUUUUAAGUAGAGUAAAAGGGGACUGUUGCUGAAAAAUUGGAGGGGCUAAAUGAUAGCUCCGCCCUCAAUGUCCCUUUAAAUUAGUUUUCGUUUCCCUGCGCAAGGCUUUGGGUACUGGGUCCAGAUUUACAUCCCAAUCUGAGAAUGCACCAGCCAAGUCUAACCUCCACUAUGCCUUGUACCUAACACUUGGUUAACACUCCACUCAUACCAAAGGAUAAAGGGAAAGUACAAACACUACGUUAUAGUCGUGCAUUUCACUCCUGUUCAGUGGGAAUGCUUUAUAUAAGCCAUGUGUGCCCUGUCGGUACAUCUCUUGGUGUUGGACAACUCAUGUCCUCAAGCCUUGCGUAGGUUUUGUCUGGCAAAGGUUAAUAGGAGUUUUAAUAUGGUUAUCAGUCCUCGGACACCAUGGUAGAAUAACACUUUAUCAAGCAGGUUUCACUAAUGUUUGUUAGAAUUUAUUUUUGUCCCUGCCUUGCUAUAGUUGCAUCUUGAUAAAUUAAGUGACUCCACACAGUGAAAAAGAUAGAAACUGUAUAUGAAAAAGAACAAUGGAAAAAAUGCAAGAAAAAGAUAUAUAUGCAAGAGGCCGGUUGUUCUUUGCUUAGAAUCCCGACCUAGGUGUAGAACUGUUCUUUUCCUUAGCAAAUUGUAGAUAUGCAGUCGUUUGUGACAUCGCUGAUGACUCUAUGCACUAUUAUAAAGCCAUAUGACCAAUGACAAGACCAGACGUGCCAAAACUAAACUGUGCAUCAGAAUCUAAGAUUGCACAACACUGGAUGUUGUUGAGCUGUAGAGCUGUAUGUCGCAACGUCUCUGCUGAGUCUGCCGUUACUCUGGAUGCUCGAGUGUCUUUAUGUCCGUGACUGCGACACUAAGAGGUUGAGAGUUUCUUGUGGAUUGCGACAUAGUAUAUUUUAAGAAAGGUAUAUCGUUAUCCUUUUAAAUGACGCUGUUGCUUGUAGGCAGUUCUGUUUUUUUUUGCCAAAAUAAGCCUACAGCAAGCAGCUAUCUUGUAUUCUUUAAGAUCUCACAAUAGGCAGCUUUUGUGUUAAAAUUCACUUUUUUGGGACAUUACUUUUCAGUUUUUGUUUUGUUUUUUCCCCUGCAAUAAUAACACCUGAGAGCUACCUCUAGACUGUCAU